AUGGAAUUCCCAAACACUCCCUUCCUUGGAGGCGCGGCUGACAUCCCCGUCAACUCUUCCUCACCCAUCAUGUCCUACUCGCCCAUGACUCUCCAAGCCGAAGGCCGCAGAGUUCCUCUUGACAUUAAGAUUACCGCCCCAGCAACAGGCUCAAACCUUCCCAUCAUUCUUCUAUCUCACGGCCACGGUCCCAGUAACUACCUCUCUUCCCUCAAGGGGUACGGUCCCAUUGUCGACUGGUGGGCCGGCCAUGGCUUCGUAGUCAUCCAACCUACCCAUCUCAGCUCUCGUCAGAUGGGUUACCAGCUCGACGCCGAGAACGUCCGCGAACUGUUCAUGGAUCAGCGCGUCAAAGAUAUGCAUCGCAUUCUCGACAACCUCGACAACAUCGAAGAGACUGUCCCUUUCAUCAAAGGUCGUCUCGACAAGGACAAGAUCGCUGUCGCAGCUCAUUCUCUUGGCUCCCUGACAGCAAACAUCCUCAUGGGCGCCGUAAACACCGAUCCUCGCGACAACGAGAAAAUGGACCUCUACUCUCCUCGCAUCAAGGCCGGUUUUAUCAUGGGCGCUAUUGGCAACGGAACCACCGACAUGUCCGAAGCAGGCGCUAAGAUGAUGCCUUUCUACAACAUCGACUUCUCAAACAUGAAGACACCUUGCCUCGUAGCAUGGGGUGACAGCGAUGUCAGCCCCCACUUGACGACUCGCGGUGCAGACUGGCACGCUGAUCCGUACAACGAGGCACCUGGUCCGAAGGCUUCGUAUGCGAUCAAGGGCGGUAAGCAUGGUUUUGGAGGCGUCAGUGGAUGGGAUGCGCUGGAGUGUCAGGAUGAGAGUGCUGAGAGACUUGCGACUGUCCAGAGGGUUAGUUGGGCGUUUUUGAUGAGUCAGUUGUAUCCUGGCGAUGAUUCUUGGGAGAAGGCGAAGAAGGCUAUUGGGCAGCAUGCUGAGAUUGGAAAGAUUGAGGAGAAGUAG